GGUUCACUGAUGACACUCGCCGACGCUGUGCGAAUUUAGGUCAAAUGCAGGAUUUGUUUGGCGCCACCACAAAACUUGACAUCUUUCCAGUCAGUCACUGAGCAACCUCAAAAAUCCAAUGGCAGUCCCACCAAUGCGAACAAACGAGCCAUCGGUUUGGCAAAAAUGUAAGAUGGGUGCUAUGAUGGGAGGAGGUGUUGGAUUGACGAUAGGUUUCAUAUUUGGGUCAUAUAGUAUCCUUCGAGGCGGCGCUGGACCACGAGGUUUCAUGGCCACACUCUCCCAAUACAUGCUCAGCAGCGCGGCGACUUUCUCUUUCUUCCUUGCCAUCGGAUCUGUCAUACGGAAUGACGCAUUACUGCCACCACAUAUGCAAGCUGCCCAUGCUCAGUUACUUGCACCCAUGAUCAGGUCAAGGGCCGACGGGAUGACACUCAUGCGAGCAAGGUGGGAGACCGAAAAAAGACGGGAGGAUGUGUGGAGAAGCAACUAGAUCAUCGACUACUGCUAAGUACUAUCGCUCGUUUUAUACAACAUUAAUACUGGCAUCGUGAUCAUAUUGCUACUCUUCAUCUUGGUCUGCCAGAGGCCAGUGAUGAACGGUCUCGGGUGUACAUCUGGCCCUUUGAUAUGCAGGACCUUACUGAAAA